AUGGGCUGGCACAAACCCGACAAUGUCGCCGGUUCCUCAGCGCCAGCCAUCAUGGUUGGCUUGUUCGUCGCUACCGGCGGCCUGCUGUUCGGAUACGAUACUGGCGCCAUCAAUGGCAUCAUGGCGAUGGAUGCUUUCACGAAGCAAUUCAGCACAGGCUACCACGAUUCCACUGGACCCGCGUUAACCCCCUCGCAAACCGCCAUUAUUGUCGCCAUACUCAGCGCCGGGACCGCCCUUGGUGCUUUGAUCGCAGCACCGUGUGCUGAUACUCUCGGCCGUCGAUUAUCACUCCUUUUAUCAGUUGGCGUCUUCUGUUUCGGUGUGGUGUUUCAGGUCUGCGCCGAUGCCAUUCCGAUGCUCUUGGUGGGACGGUUCUUUGCUGGUGUCGGCGUAGGUGCCGUGUCGGUCCUGGUCCCCCUCUAUCAGUCGGAAAUGGCCCCGAAAUGGAUUCGUGGCACACUUGUCUGUGCCUAUCAGCUUUCGAUUACCAUCGGCCUCUUUACAUCGUCUGUGGUCAACAUUGCAGUGAAGGGGAUGGAUGGUGCCGCUGCCUACCGGAUCCCCAUCGGCUUACAGUUCAGCUGGGCUUGCAUCCUGGCUCUCGGUAUCUUGAUACUUCCGGAAACUCCACGAUACCUCAUCAAAAGAGGCCAGAAGGACUCAGCCGCUCUUUCACUCAGCCGACUUCGACGCUUGGACAUCACGCAUCCCGCGCUUGUCGAGGAGCUUGCCGAGAUUCAAGCCAACCACGACUACGAAAUGAGCCUCGGGCCUGAUUCUUACAAGGACAUCUUCCUCGGUGCACCCCAUCUAGGACGUCGAACUCUGACAGGUUGUGGUCUGCAGAUGCUACAGCAGCUCACUGGUAUCAACUUCAUCAUGUACUACGGGACCACCUUCUUCCACGGUGUCGACGUGAACAGUCCAUUCUUAAUUUCCAUCAUCACUAACGUUAUCAACGUGGUAUCUACGUUGCCCGGCUUGUUUGUUGUCGAGACAUGGGGUCGGCGAAAUCUAUUGAUCAUCGGUGCGAUAGGCAUGUCUAUCUGUCAACUUACCAUCGCCAUCUUCGCCAGUGUGACCAACAACGUCGACGGAGAAACUUCUAGCAAGAUUUUAAUCAUCUUUGUAUCCUUCUUCAUUUUCUUCUACGCUGCGUCUUGGGGCCCCGUAUGUUGGGUAGUCACUGCCGAAAUAUUUCCCCUCAAGGUCAGGGCAAAGGCCAUGUCCGUCUCCACAGCAUCCAACUGGCUUCUCAACUUCGGCAUCGCCUACGGCACACCGUACAUGACAGGGACGGGCGCUGGUGCCGCGGAUAUGGGAUCCAAGGUGUUUUAUGUAUGGGGUGCCUUUUGCGUCCUGUCCGGCCUGUUCGUGUACUGCAUGGUAUUCGAAACCAGCAAAAUCAGCCUGGAGCAGAUCGAUGAAAUGUACGAGCGCGUGGAUUAUGCGUGGCACAGCAAGAAGUUCGAACCUAGUUGGAGCUUUCAGCAAUUACGAGACGAAGGAUUUGCCAACAGCGGCAUACCGCCAGCGGAGCACGAACUUCAACCGUCAGUCACUGGAUCAAGCGCCACCGACAGCAUAGAAACGAUCCAUACAGACCCCGGUACCAAUGGAGAUAACAGAUCAGAGGAGGAUAAGAUAAUACAAUCGAUGGGGCUAGGCAAUGUCGAGUUUAGCUAUUGA